AACAUGGCAGCCUGCUGGCUCGAUGAGGGUACCCGUCGGCUCUGACCAUCAGGGUCUUUAACUUCACGAUGAACUCGCGGGGAAACGGCACGAGGCCAGCAGGUCGGUAACGUAAGUCUCGUGAAGAUGAUGACGCUGUGUUUUCGGGGGAUUUCUGCACCGCUGUGCCGCAACACAAACGUUCGUUGUCUGGUGUCCGCGCGGAGUGCGCCCGUGUGCCUACUGGAGCCCGUAUCAUGGCGGCUCAGAUACACACCUGUCACGGAGUUCGCUAGGUUGAAACGACCUCAGGUGAGCGGCUCGUACCUCGCGAGACUCAAAGGGACAGACAGCCGUGUCGCGUGUUGGAGUGGGGUCCUCCAGCAGGGAAAGCAGACUCCAUGGCACGUGCAAGGACCUAUACCCAUGACCCAGGGAGGUCACGAGCGGUAUGCGGCCAGUUUCCGUUCUCUGCUGUCCCCGAGCGCUCGAGGACUGUGCAGUGGAAAGACCGACGAGAAGCCGGACAGUUCUACCGGAGAGGAGAGGGGUGACGCCGGCACGGUACCGGGACACGGACUGUUCAAGUUCAAAGAGCUGUAUGAGAAUCCAUGGACAAUCCCCAACCUGUUAUGUGUGUGUCGGAUUUUGCUGGCUCCAUUCCUUGGUCAUCUGAUCAUCCAGCAGAAAUUUCACCUCAGUUUGGCUCUGUUUGCGCUGGCCGGAGCUACUGACCUGUUGGAUGGUUACAUUGCCAGAACGUGGCCCACUCAAAAGUCGGCACUGGGCAGUGCUCUCGACCCACUGGCUGACAAGAUUCUCAUCAGUAUUUUAUAUGUCAGUCUCACCUAUGCUGAACUUAUACCAGCUCCACUGACAGCUCUAGUGAUUUUCAGAGACAUUGGUUUGAUAGCUGCUGUCUUCUGGGUCAGAUACAAGACGGUACCUCCACCGGUGACCCUCACCAAGUUUUUUAACCCCUGCUAUACUACUGCCCAGCUCAAGCCCACACUCAUCAGCAAGAUUAACACGGCCAUUCAGCUCUGUCUGGUUGCAGCUUCUUUGGCCGCUCCGGUCUUCCAGUAUACAGACAGCAUCCUGCUGCAGUGCUUAUGGUAUAUUACAGCAGUGACUACAACUGCAUCAGGUUAUAGCUACUGGCACUACGGCCGCAAGACUGUUCAGGUGUUGAACACCAGAUCACCGUCAUAAACGCACCGAAAGCAGAACAAAAGCAGUCGCCCCAGAGACACUGAGCCCCAGUAAAAGGAUGGACAGACGGAUGGACGAUCGCCAGGAGCUCUAAGACCAAGUGGAUGUGACAACCAUACACAUGUCACCAUGGAAAUGACACAUGGAAACCAACUGAGGCCGCAGAUGGUUUACUGCAACACUACAGAAACGCCUAACAGCAGUGGAGCCUGCAGACAGCAUUCAGAGACAGGAUAAAAACAGCAAACGCAAAUAUAGACCGUCCACCCACAACACGAAACAAGAGCUUCUGUUUAUUUUUUCUUAGGUUUUCAAUCAAGGGGUUGCAAUGUGAACCUAAUUAUUGUCACAUGAUUGUCAUUUUUACACAACUGUGAUUUAUGAUUAAAAAGGAAAUCGCUUUUGUGUUUGUCCACGAGAA